AUGCCUGACUCAGAUAGUUCGGGUUGCACCGUCUGGGGUCUAAUCGCAGCUUUGGACCCUCUGCCUCUCUUUGCUGCCUUCCGUGCUCACCGUCAGAGCACACGCUUUAUUCUCUCCAAUGAGAUGCUACGGAAGAAAGCUCAACGGCUAAACCAAGAGAAUCAGGCGCUGUUGUCCGAGCUGAAGCAGAAACUCUCCAAGACAAACUCAAACGCAAGCUCCAGUUCUACAACAAACACUGUUAAUUCAAACAAGCCCUGA